AUGGUCCGGGGGAGUAAUGCCUGGGAAAAAGCCAAAGUGGGUGCCACUAUUGAGAAUCUUGUCAGCCUCAUCAACGAAGCUACUGGUCAAGCUUCACUCCGCCACAAUCACAUAGUCUCAAUUCAUGAUGUGACCAUCGAUGGCUGGUUGGUGAUGGAGUUGGCAAACAGGGGUUCGCAGACUGUCUGUGGAGAGAGGAGCUUGGCUUGGUGCCACAAGGUGGAACUCCUGCUACAAGCUGCCACAGGGGUAAACCACAUGCACUCCCAGGUGCCCCCAUUGAUCUACUGCGAUUUGAAGCCCAAGAACAUCCUCGUUUUCAACUCUGGGCUACAAGGGUUCUGUGUGGAAGUGAAUGAUGUUGGACAGACAUUCCAUGUGACAAAGAGCAAGAGCAAGACUAUCAGGAAAAGGAGAGGCACCCUACAAUACAUUGCACCAGAGAGCUACCACGGCAAAUUCCUGACCCCCGAAUCUGAUGUUUUCAGUUUUGGUGCUGCCAUGUACCAGGUUGUGUCAGGAUUGCAGCCCUACGAACAGAAUAUGGAUGCAUUCAGGAAUGCACCAUUAUGUAGAGGAAAUGUCAGAUAG